CUGAUGGCAACUUCCAGACUGCUGCACUGGAAGAGGCCCAUAAAAGGCAUUCUCUGUAUCUAGCUAAAGGGAAAGAUGCUUAUCUGUUACUACAUAUUUGACAUCUAACCCUGCCACAUCUCAAUCGACACCCAUCGUCGCAUUCUCCAUCCGCCAACUCCCUCUGCCACCUGUGAUCACUUCCAUGGAGUCAUGGUUAUCCUGGAGUAGCCUCUUCUGGGCUGCCACUUUCGCUACUGUGGCUGGCCUAUCCACGGUCAUUAUCUUCAUGCAUGCGCUUGCCAAAUCCCAAAACAGCCAAGUUCCCCGAUGGCGCUCGCCAAACACGCCCAUUCACCUGCUCGUCGUUCUCGGUAGCGGUGGACACACCGCCGAGAUGUUCUCCAUGCUGCGGCGCAUGAAACUCGAUCCCUCCAAGUUCACGCAUCGAACCUACGUCGUGAGCUCCGGGGAUAACUUUAGCGCAACCAAAGCCGUCGAGUUUGAAACAACCGAUCUAAGCAAGAAGCUCAGCACCGACGAGAAACCCGCCUCGACAGGCUCCUACUCGAUCGUCACCGUGCCGCGCGCACGUCGCGUUCAUCAAUCCUUCCUGACUGCGCCAUUCUCUACAAUCCAAUCCUUCUGGUCCUGUCUUCUGGUGCUACGUGGCCUCCAUCCGGAUCAGCAGUCGCUCAAAUCUUCGCCCCUGCGCUCCCCAUACCCCGACAUCAUCCUCACCAAUGGCCCUGCCACGGCGGUCUGCGUUAUUCUGGCCGCUAGACUUCUGCGGCUGUGGUUCUCCCUGUGCAGUGUCUUUUCCAUCGGGCGCGGAGCUCACCCGAGUGCGCCAGCGUCAAGCGACUUUCAAAUGCGGACGAUCUUUGUCGAAUCAUGGGCUCGAGUGAAAACGCUGAGUCUCUCAGGUAAGCUCCUGUUGCCUUUAGCGGACCGGUUCCUCGUCCAGUGGCCCGGGUUGGAGGGGAAGAAGGCCUGGCCCAGCAUGAGAGAGACGGAAUACGUCGGUCCGCUGGUGGAUUGAUAGUCUCCGACGACCUCUGCAGCUUUUCUUCUUGCUUGUAUUACAUCUCCGAUAUUCUGUAUCUGUAGAUAGAGCAUACAUGAUAC